GCCUGGGGCGCGCGCGGGAGAUUCGCAACACAGCCAGAUUAGUUUCGAGUACUGGGAUGUGGGAGCCGUAUAACCCUGUGCAGCCCGGACUGGGUAGGGAGGAGAAUUUCCUAUCUUUAGAUGACUUGCUCAUGUCACAGGAGAAGCUACCAUGUCGUAUUGCGAGCGGCUUUCCUCGACUUGGAUUUCUGGAAAAAGGCGGCGAAAGUGACAGCAUCCCUGAGGGCAGCAAGAUGGAGCUCCCACUCUGGCUGGUAAAAGGUCUAUAUGACAACAAGCGACGUAUCCUGUCUGUGGAAUUGCCGAAGAUUUACCGUGAGGGCUGGCGAACAGUUUUUAGUGCAGAUGCAAAUGUUGUUGACCUACACAAGAUGGGACCACAUUACUAUGGUUUUGGCUCCCAACUUUUGAAUUUUGAUAGCCCAGAAAACACAGAAAUUGCAAAGACAAUUUUACAGACAUUUGUUGGUCGUUUUCGUCGCAUUAUGGACUCCUCUCAGAAUGCUUACAAUGAGGACACUUCUGGCCUGGUGGCACGUUUGGAUGAGCUGGAACGUAGUUUGUUUCAAGCUGGCCAGAAAGGACUUAAUGCCUUCCAGAGUUGGGAAAGGGGAAAAGCUGCACAGAUUACAGCCUCCAACCUGGUGCAAAACUAUAAGAAAAGAAAGUUUGAUGGGGACGAAUGAGAAAUACCAGUUCAUUAUACAACUAUAGAUUUUCUUUACUAUUGAAGCUAUACCUAGACAUGUUUUAUCCAUCUUUUAAAAAUUGGAACUGUUCUGGACAUAUUUGUGCUAAGGUUUUCCUACUAUUGACUAGUCUUUUUACCUUGGACUCAUGUCUUGUAUCCUUGAAAAUACGAUCAUGCUGACAGGGAAGACUGUAAGCUAUUCUGUGUUUUGUGUAAUUUGAUCUUUUACAUAAUGAAAUACAUUGCAUCCAGUUUUUAAUGUAAUUUAAUCUGUCAUUUAGAUCGAAACAUUCAGAAACUGAAAGGGACAUAAAUUCGGAAAUCAGAAAUAUGGAGCCGUUUUCUAUUUAAUUUCCUUGAUUUGCAAAAGAUUUUCAAUCUGUGUACUACAGACAUUUUUGCUGACCAAGGAUAAGUAAAGUGUGUUGCAAUGUAAAGUUUUUCUACUACCAUUCUUUUCAGUAUUUUACUGUAUUGUUCAGUCUGACCUGCCUCUAAGUCAUGCUCUGUGAGAAAGCAAUUUAAUUCACUUAUAAAAGUAAUCUUAAAUUA